AGAAGCGGAAAUCACAAAACUGCGCAACACGAUGUACAAUCGUCCCACCAGUCCUUCGUCGGAUUUAGAGCUCAGACUGUCUUCACUCACACAAUCGCUGGUGCAGAAACAGAACACCCUGGAAUCGAUAACUGCCGAGCGGAACGCCCUUCGCCUUCAGCUCGAGAAAUUGGAUACUCAAUACCGAGGUGUGGUUUCACAGGUCCGACAGCAACGCGCGCCUUACACGAGUUCCAACGAAACCGAUGAUGCCAAAUCGCAAGUACCGAACUUUAUGGUCGAGAAUCCCUUCGACAACAACAUGGCAAGGCGCGUGAAGCGGGCUUACUCCUCGCUGGAUUCCAUCGGCAUUCGGCUGGGUGUGUUUUUGCGUCGGUACCCGUUGAUUCGGAUACUGGUAAUUUUCUACGUUGCACUGCUGCACCUGUGGGUCAUGUUUGUGCUUCUGUCGUCUACACCGGCGUAGUUUGGGACGAUAGAGGUCUCAUUUUAAAGGUAAGGUAAAUAAUAAUCAAUAAUUGAGCUGGUCUACAACAAUUAGGUGAAAAAAUGUAUGCAUCAUUAAACUUUAAACAAUUUAAACUA